GAUUGCUUUGUGGCUGUCAAUUUUCCCCGAGGUUCGAGUUGGUCGCUACAUUAUCUGCGGUGGCGGCUGCUACGACAGCGGAGAGAUGAGGCAGAAGCGGAAAGGAGAUCUUAGCCCUGCUGAGCUAAUGAUGGUGACCAUAGGAGAUGUUAUUAAACAACUGAUUGAAGCCCAUGAACAGGGGAAAGACAUCGAUCUAAAUAAGGUGAAAACCAGGACAGCUGCUAAGUAUGGCCUUUCAGCACAGCCCCGCCUGGUGGAUAUCAUUGCCGCAGUCCCACCUCAGUAUCGAAAGGUCUUGGUCCCCAAGUUAAAGGCAAAACCCAUCAGAACUGCCAGUGGGAUUGCUGUUGUGGCUGUCAUGUGCAAACCCCACAGAUGUCCACACAUCAGUUUUACAGGAAACAUAUGUGUGUACUGCCCUGGUGGACCUGAUUCAGAUUUUGAAUAUUCAACCCAGUCUUAUACUGGAUAUGAGCCAACCUCCAUGCGAGCUAUCCGUGCCAGGUAUGACCCUUACCUACAGACAAGACACCGAAUAGAACAGUUAAAACAGCUUGGUCACAGUGUGGAUAAAGUGGAAUUUAUUGUGAUGGGUGGAACAUUUAUGGCCCUUCCAGAAGAAUACAGAGAUUAUUUUAUUCGAAAUUUACAUGAUGCCUUAUCAGGACAUACCUCCAACAAUAUUUACGAGGCAGUCAAGUAUUCUGAGAGAAGCCUCACAAAGUGCAUCGGAAUUACAAUUGAGACCAGACCAGAUUAUUGCAUGAAGCGGCAUUUAAGUGACAUGUUGACCUAUGGCUGCACAAGGCUGGAAAUUGGGGUGCAGAGUGUCUAUGAGGAUGUGGCCAGAGAUACCAACCGGGGUCACACUGUGAAGGCGGUAUGUGAGUCCUUUCACUUGGCCAAAGAUUCUGGAUUCAAAGUUGUGGCUCAUAUGAUGCCCGAUCUGCCAAAUGUGGGACUAGAGAGAGACAUUGAACAAUUUAUGGAGUUUUUUGAGAACCCUGCUUUUCGUCCUGAUGGUUUGAAACUCUACCCUACCCUGGUGAUUCGUGGAACUGGGCUUUAUGAGCUGUGGAAAUCAGGAAGAUAUAAGAGUUAUUCUCCCAGUGACCUGAUCGAAUUGGUGGCCCGGAUCCUUGCCCUCGUGCCUCCGUGGACUCGAGUGUACCGAGUGCAGAGAGAUAUUCCAAUGCCCUUAGUCAGCUCAGGAGUAGAGCAUGGUAACUUGAGAGAGCUGGCAUUUGCAAGAAUGAAAGACCUUGGAAUACAGUGUCGAGAUGUGAGAACCAGAGAGGUUGGAAUCCAAGAAAUUCAUCACAAAGUGCGGCCAUACCAGGUUGAAUUGGUAAGAAGAGAUUAUGUUGCAAAUGGUGGCUGGGAGACAUUCUUAUCAUAUGAAGACCCAGACCAAGACAUUUUGAUUGGCCUCUUGAGAUUACGGAAGUGUUCAGAGGAGACAUUUCGUUUCGAAUUGGUUGGGGGCGUGUCCAUUGUCCGAGAGCUGCAUGUGUAUGGAAGUGUCGUCCCCGUAAGCAGUCGGGAUCCCACUAAAUUUCAGCAUCAGGGAUUUGGCAUGCUGCUGAUGGAGGAAGCAGAAAGAAUAGCUAGAGAAGAACAUGGAUCUGGGAAAAUAGCUGUUAUAUCAGGGGUCGGCACCAGGAAUUAUUACAGAAAGAUUGGCUACAGAUUGCAAGGUCCAUACAUGGUAAAGAACCUAAAAUAACCAUCACACGAGUCUACCUUAAUGUACAUCCUCCCUGGUAGGAAACAGAGAUUCAGGAUGUCUUGAAUACUCAGCACAGAGGCUGAGUGAAGCACAUGGACCUCCCCAACCCCGGCAAGGAGCUUCCCCCUCCCCCUGGAGCUGCAGAGACUGGAAACUGCACUCAGGGCUGGGCAGGGCGUCUGCUGACCAAGCCCACAGAGCCUGGGUGCUCGGACCGCCCCGCACUGCCCCCUCCUGCAUGUUCUCAAGACAUCACUUCUGUUUUCGAAGCUUAAGUCCUGUAUCCAAUUUCUAAAUUCUGCAUGAGGCCUGCAAAUGACCUAACUGUGACUCAGGCACAGUGACAAAAGCAAACUAAUCAACUCAUUUGAACACCACAGUUCAUGAACUAAAACUGGCUAUGUCAUUUGAGGAGGACACUUAGAUUAUUUAUACCCUGUACAGACAAAACAUCAGGUUGGGACAUGUGAAAACUGUCAGACGUUGAUCUUUGGCCUGUAACUACAUGUGCAUUCCAGCACAGGUUAAGAAAAUGAGCUUUUGUUUUAAUGGAAAUCAUUCUGGUUCCUGUGCUGCUGUUUGAAAUAACAGUGUGAUGGGGAGAGAAGUGAGGUUGUCGGCUUGUGUUUCACGCUUGAAACCAGCCUUUGUCAUUUGGGAGCCUGCCAGCUAUGAAGGGCCAUUACAGACAUCCAUUUAUUUCACUUUUUUUUUUUAAUCAGCUGUAGUUCGCGUACUCUUGACAACUGCAAAACACCGUGGGUGUCACUUUCGCCCAGAGAAGCAUUUGGCUUCCCCGUUAGUCUGUCCUGAGCAGGCAGAGUCUACCAUGCACGUGUCUGAGCCUGUGUGGCCCUAAGUCAGGUGCACACCACAGAAGCUAUUCCCUGCAUUUUAAUUCUUUAAGUGGAUUUUGGUUUGUUUUAAAUGGAAUAUGGUCAGGGUUAAACUCACAUUUGAAAGCAAAAAAAGAAAAGAAAACGGGCCCAAAUCUAAAAAUAGGAAAAACAUUGGCUUUUUCAAAGGUUCAUCUUACAGAACUGCUUCUCUAUAACUUCCAGGUAGUCUGCUAAGGAGACUCAGCCUGGAGAGGGUCAGUUCUUAAGAGCAUGGCUUAACCCUGCGUCCCCUGGCCUCUGUGGCACUUUACAAAGGUUUAUGAAAUGGAAUUGAUUCCUCUAAACGUUUGGAAAAUAAAAUCUUCAACACACAA